AUGGCUCGUGACAUAGUUAAAGCGGCCAAGUCAGCAGCAAAUGUGAUCGCUGUCCACAAGAAAUAUACUGUUCAGUCGACUGGUGUAUGGGAGCGUAUCCGUCGCCUUCUGUCCAUCGAUCCUAAUCGCUCUACUGGCGUUCCAUUGAACUCCCAAUUCCGCCUGCCGGCUCCAGGAUCUCUUCCACCUUUGUCCUAUGAUGACCCGAUAACGGUUCCCGCGGGUGAUAUCGCCGAUAACCCUUACUGGAAGCGCGAUGCUCGGAGAAAUUACCCUAGACUCAGUACGGUUAAUCAGGCCGACGUUGUUGGUCUCCUUAGCGUAGGCAGUCAGGCAGCACCAAAGGAGGUUUUGAAGCUUGGUGAAGCGGGUGAAAGACAGCUGGUAUCGGUCAAGCAACAGGGAGAGGAGCGCGGCCUUGCCGGCCUUUUCGAGAAAGACAAGGAAGGGGCUAGAGGUGUCUUGAAUGCAAAUGGUUUGCCGCCCUUGCCUUGCAGCUUGAAUUCUUCGGCGUCCAAAUACCAGCUGGAUCAUCAACAUGGCUAUCCUGGCGUGUAUCCCUGCCGCACUUUCGUUUGAUUAUAUAGGGGUAGACUUACAAUUACUAUUCAACAGAAUUUCUCUCCGUCUACGCCCUCGGUACACCUCAUACAGCCUUACCUCAACAGUUCUAACCAAUGUAAGCCUUUGAUGUGAGCAAGCUUGUUGCAUAUUCUCAAGGCUUGCAUAGCUCGGAGUAUAAAUGAGAAAGCACGCAUAAAAGUCACAGGUAGCUGAACUUCGAACCAUUAGCUACUUGCCGCACGGAGCAAAUGGCUCUCCCAACCGUAGAUUUCGAUUCGGUCAGAUAGUUACCCCCGAUGCCGUUGGAAUGGGUUGAUAUCCUCGGUGAAAAUAAGGCCAUGAUCUGGAACUAGGGUCACAUAAUCCCGUUGCCUUAUUUGCCCAGAUCAGCAAACAUUACGCUGGGCCAUCCCAGCUUUUC